UAGGGUUCUUCCUGGCUAUGGCGGUGCGUGUCCUACGAAGAUAUUCCAGUUUUUCCCAUCAACGGCGCUUCUACGGAAUCGAGGUCGCGGAUCCGUCGUCGCCAUCAUCAUCUAUCGAAGCCGCCGCUGCGGAAAUCACCGGUUUCGAUUUUGGGGAGCCUUGGAGCCCCAUUCAAACCGGCGAGAAGCAAGGUGUUGCGGCAAUCCAGAGCCCAGCGGCUACAAAUCCCACGAAGAAAAUCCUGCGCGCGCUGCUAGAGGAGAACGAUGAGAGAAAGGGAAAGAUUUCCAUGGAUCUCGUCGAUGAGAAGCUCGGCUGCUUCAGUAGGAGACUAUCGGAUAGAGUCGUGGCACAGGUACUCAGGCAGCUAGUCGAUCCAGACUUGGCAAUGGCGUUUUUUCAAUGGGCUGGGAGCCAAGUCCACUACAACCAUGGAACUUUGAGCUACAACUAUCUCCUGGAGGUACUCGCUAAGUCUGGACGCUGUGAUCACGUCUAUGGAACUUACAACGAUAUGUUGGCUGCAGGUUGUGUGCCAAACACAUACACGUAUGGCUACCUCCUGCGAAGCUUGUGUCAAGCCCAGAGAUUCGAAGAAGCUCGCAGUGUUUUCCGAGGUAUGGCCGCACAGGGCUGCUCUCCAAACGUGUUCUCGUAUAGCAUUUUGAUCGCGGGGCUUUGUAGAGGGCAAAAGGUUGACGAGGCUGCCGAGCUCCUCAACGAGAUGAUCGAUGGUGGCCACCAGCCAAACGUUGUGACUUACGGGUCGCUUCUCAGCGGGCUGUGCAAGAUGGGGAAGCUCAAAGAGGCCGUGGAUCUUUUCUCGAGGAUGGUCUACCGGGGGUGUCCGCCAGAUGGUGUGGUUUACAACGUUCUCAUAGAUGGUUUCUCCAAGAAGGGUGACAUGGGUGAAGCGUACAGGCUCUUCGAGGAGAUGCUCGAGAAGGGGUGUAUACCCACGGUCUUCACGUACAACUCGCUGCUCAGUGGAUUCUCCAGGAAAGGCGAGUUUGGAAGGGUCCAGAGCUUGUUCAAGGACAUGCUUCGCCAGGGAUGCGUGCCAAACAUCUUCACCUUCAACAAUCUGCUGGAUGGCUUCUGCAAGAUGGGUGACAUGGUGGAGGCACACCGGCUGUUUCUAGAGAUGCGAAGCCUCGGCUGUCCUCCGGACGUGGUGAGCUACAACACUUUGAUCCGGGGGAUGUGCUCGAAAGGGAAGCCGCACGAAGCUCAGAGGCUGCUCAGGGAGAUGAUCAGGUCGGGUGUCGGCCCGGAUAUCGUCUCCUACAACAUUCUCAUCGAUGGAUAUUCAAAGUCUGGAGCUCUCGACCAUGCCAUCAAGCUUUUCUACGAGAUUCCAAAGUCCGGACUGGAGCCCGACGCAUUCAGCUACUCGACCAUCAUCGACUGCCUGUGUAGAGCUGGCAAAGUUGGAGCAGCCUUCGUGGUUUUCAAGGACAUGAUCGCGAACGGAAGCGCUCCAGAUGCCGCGGUGGUGAUACCGCUUGUCAUCGGGCUUUGCCGGGGCGAGAGAUUGACGGAGUCGUGCGAGCUGUUCCAGGCGAUGGUGAAGUUCGAGUGCGUGCCACUGAUCCCAGAGUACAACCUCCUCAUGUACAAGCUGUGCAAGGCCAAGCGCAGCGACGACGUUUGCGAAAUCUUUCACGAGCUCACGGAGCGAGGCUUCUCCCCCGACGUCGAGAUCUCCAAAGUCAUUCUCGAGACGCUGAGAAGGAGCGACGACAAAGAUGCCGCGGAAUGAGAAUCCUUGGACAAAGACUGGCGAUACAUUCCACGAGCUAUACUUCAACCGGGAUCAUCCUGCAAAACCAAGAUUACCGCAUGGAUGAAUCGAAGGAAAGCUAGAAAAUGGAAUGGAAGAUCGUUGCAUUGAAUGUGGAGAGUGUUCUUCCGUGAACUAGGGAAUUAAAUGAUAUAAUCGUCUUUAGUUUUUCCUUGGAA